UCUGUCACCUGUCAAAACCAGUGGUGUCCAAUUUUAACGGAAUUUGAAGUUAUAAUAGUAUAUAAUGCACCAAUAAAUCGUUAAUUUCCUCAUUUUAAGCAUCAUAAACAAUUUUAUAAACGUUUAAGGUUAGAGUAAGCGGCAAAAUGGACAAUACCCAAUUUUCAGUCCAAAAAAUGGAAGUGGCGGCCCGUAAUAUCGACAAGUCGCUUGCAAUAGAUUGCGCGGCGCCUUCCUUACUAGAUUUAAUGAAUAUCCACCCCCCUCAGUGCUCCACUGCCAGCGGUUUAACAGACCACGAUUACCCGGUCUUAAAUGGGGCCCCCUUCGCCCUCAACAACAUGUUGCAAAUCAAAACUUCCAGUAAAGUGCCACUGCCGCCAGAAAUAUUGGAACAUUUUAGUCAUAUUCAGUGUCAUUGCAUGAUGGGGUUAUUUCCUGAAGUCAGUCGAGCCUGGCUUACCGUCGACAGCGACAUUUACGUCUGGUCAUACGAAGACAACUCAGACCUAGCGUAUUUCGAUGGCUUAAAUGAAACAAUCUUGAGUGUUGGUUUAAUCAAGCCAAAACCCGGCGUUUUUCACGCUUUUAUCAAACAUUUGUUAAUUUUAACAACGGCAGUUGAUAUUGUUGUGUUAGGAGUGACGUUUACGCCAGGUCCUCAUGGACCUUUAGAUGAAAUUCAGCUGAUUCCAGAGCCGGUUUUUACGAUACCGACAGAUGGGUCUACCAUUUCGGCGAUCGGGAGCACGGCGGAAGGGCGCCUGUUUCUAGGGAGCAAGGAGGGUUGUCUUUUUGAAAUUGUUUACCAGGCUGAAAGUGGUUGGUUUGGUAAAAGAUGCAAAAAAAUCAACCACUCCACCAGCGCUCUCUCUUUUCUCGUUCCAUCGUUCAUAAACGCGGCGCUGAGUGAAGAGGAUGGAAUUGUACAAAUCGCGGUGGAUAACAGCAGGCACAUUCUUUACAUUUUGACUGAAAAAGGCUCAAUUGAGGUCUAUGAUUUAGGGAUAAAAGGCGACUCCUUCAACAAAAUAACGAAAAUUUCGCAGUCAACUUUGGUCAAUCAAGCUGUAAAUAUUGUCAAAACUUUGGAUAGUCAAAAUUUCCGACCUAUCGUCAGCAUUUCUGCCGUAGAAGCGUCAGAAUCCAGUCAUAUUUACCUAAUCGCAGUCACUCAAACCGGCGUUCGUUUUUAUUUGACUACACACACUCUGGUCAAUAUGCCUCCCAAUCAAAGACCGUACACUUUAUUUUUGCUACACGUCAGACUACCACCUGGGUAUUCGGCGAAUAUCACAGUGCGACCGAGAGCGGUUCACAUAGCCCACUACCGAGACCGAAAUUUGCUUUUGCUAUCAACCGUGAACGAAAAAGACGUAUUGUGGUGCAUCAGCUCAGAUUUGUUCCCUUUCAGUCAAAAUCUGAUGGAAGCUCACACAACUUUGAGCCUAGAUGGUCCUGCACUAGCGCUAGCUGAGAUACCUCAAGAAAACCCCCUAUCUAACAUCAGCCAAGAGGUUUCACCUUUGGUGGUGAGGCAGCAUUCAGAAGCGCCCAAGAAGUACGUCGUGUUGACGUCAGAGGGGGUGUAUAUUUUGUCAAAGAUGCGGCCUGUGGAUAUUUUGAGACAGUUGUUGAGCGAUAGUCAAGGUCUUAAUAGCGAUACUGUGAAGGCUUUUUUUAUGAUGCAGAAGGAGGAUCAAGCGUGCGCUACCAGUUUGAUUGUGGCUUCUUUGGACGUUGAUGAGAAUUUGGAGCUCGCUGAGUUCGCGACUCGGGCGUUCUUUUUGUAUGGGGGAGAGCCGAGGUUGGGAGCGCUUGGGUCUAUGUCGCAGGGAGCUAUACUUUCAGGAACGUCUCCAUUUUCGCCAAACAUCAUCUCGACCCCCGCCGACCCCCACCGUUUACACCAGCCGCAAUCCCUCCAACCCCCAAACCUAACCUACCCCCACUUCGACGUGAACAACCCCUUCGUAUUUUCCUCCAAACAUAACGGCCUCUACUUAUACUUAGGCAGGAUUUUACGACCAAUCUGGAACAGACGAUGCAUCGAGAAAAUCUGCCUGGAUGGAAAAACCGUGAUGAACGCCAGCACCAUCACCAGCGACCAGUGCAGAUGGAUCCUCAACUACCUAACGACACUCCACAACUUCCUCCUCUCAAACACCCAACUAGCCAUCUGCGACAACUCCACCCAACUGGACGCAACCCUCAACACCACCCAAGUGAACACCACCAGCCGCUUGAACCACACAUUACAAGACGCACAAAUGGAGGAAAGAAUAUCCCUCAACUCCCUGAAGUUGUUCGUGUGCCACUGCUGCCAAAUCAUGGGUCUCUGGCGAAUCCUGUGCGAGCACCAAUUCCACGUCUUAAUCGGGACUCUCCCAGACAACUACCAGACGAUGCUGCAAGACACCACGUUCAAAGAUUUGUUCCUGUAUGGUCAAGACAUUUGUUCUUUGUUGAUAACGACAUUAGUUGACAGCUACCUGGGGGAUAACGCCUCAGUCGACUCCAUCAGCACUAAACUAAGAGAAGUUUGCCCCCAACUCUACAAAAUUGAAGAUGCGGCGUUCUCGAAGGCCAACGAGAUGUUGAAGUCCUCCAGGGGGAUACAGAACAUCGACGAGAAGGAGGAUAUGGUGAUGUCGGCUCUCGAGCUGUGCAAAUCUAUCGCUCCCAACGUUAAUCUACCGGGGAUUUGUAAACAGUUCGUUUCUUUGAAAGCGUAUCACGCUGUCAUUGAUUUGUGUAUCACGUGUGCGAAGAAGGUCGAUCCGGAUAACAUCGCGGAGCAUUUUUAUAAGAAUGAUUCGUCAGUGGCGGAUCAGGAAGGACGGGAUUUCUAUCACAAACGCAUGAACAUCUACAAGGAAGUCUUCACCAUGCUAGACACCCUAUGCGCCGAAAACCCCACAAACCUCAACAUCACCGCCCCCGUGCCCAUCCCCACGGAAGGCGACAUCCGAAUCAUGGUGAUGCAACUAAUCAACGAAAUCCUGGAACUCCCAGACGAGAUCCUCCACGUGGCGCUCUACGACUGGAUGAUGAAAAAACAAAUGAGCAGCGAACUAAUCAAAAUCAACAACUCCUCCCUGGAAACGUACCUCCUCCACACGUCACAGCAGAACCCCGACAACACCGCCGUCGUCGACUUAUUGUGGAAAUACUACGAAAACAACAACAACCACGCCGCCGCGGCCAAAAUUCUGGACAGUCUGGCGUCGAAAACGGGGGCAGCCUUGAGUCUUAAGGAGCGUCUGGAAUACUUGACACGUGCCAUUAUGUGCAUGAGAAGCGAUAAAGUGGGGUAUGCGCCGUAUCUGGGGGUGUUUUUGAGGGACUUGGAGGAUAAAAUGGAGGUGGCGAAGGUGCAGGAGCAGAUCCUGGAGGCGGUGGUUAAUUUGCGGGGGACGCAUCCGGCCGCCGAGGAGGCGAUAGUUGCUCUAAAUUCUGGGCUAUAUCAAAUUUCGCAGUUGUAUGAAAAUUUCGCCGACCCUCUUGAGCUGUGGGAGUGUCAACUCGCCAUCAUCGACUGCGCUGGAUACAGCGAUGAAAAUUUGAUUGAAAAAAUUUGGAGGAACAUCCUUAGACGAGAAAUACGGAAAAGUACUGGAAAUCCGAAUAACCGAAUGGCGCAAAUUUUGACCAAAGUGAAGCACAUAGCGCGAAAAUGUGGCAUUUCAACCCAGUGUUUCCCAUUAGCGUUCCUGAUUUCCGAGUUAGAGCAGCUGUCAACAUACCUCAAGUCUGACAGAUCAUUAGUCCCUAAAGCUUUUGUUUCAAUGGAAUUACCAUUUGACGGUUUACUAGAAAUUUACAACAGACUAAUGGCAACAGUGUCAGAAAUCCAAAUUUGGCAAAAAGAGGAGAACGAGUUUCAUUUGUUUGAAGCCGUGGCUUGCCUAAUUGAAACGUUCUUGAACACACAUGAGGCAUACAAUAACGUCCAAAAGCGAAAAAUUAUUUCCCAGUGUCAAGACACCGUAGCCAGUCUACUGUCAAUUUUAUACAGUAAAGCCAACACUGAACAGUUAAUAAAUAUCUUGCGUGGCAUCCAAAGCAGACUGUCUAGGUUGUAAGUUAGGAUUGAAAUCAGUGCCUGUCAUAUUAUGUGUUCAGUGAUCGAAACUGUUUAUAUUUUACUUGAUUUACAUAAAUCGAUUUUUGUACUCA